UCGCUCUGCGUCAGAAGCCGAGUCUCGCUUCUCUCUCUAGAACACAGUCCAACGCGCUGUUCGAUCGGAAUGGCCACCAUAGCUCGCGUUUCCAGGAGAGCCCUAGCCGCCGCGGUUUCCAACCACGGCCACCGCGCCCUCCGCCGCGGCUUCGCCGCCGAGGCUUCGAAGACGGUCGCGCCGUCGCCGGCGCCGGAUCGCGUGAAAUGGGACUACAGAGGCCAGAGGAAGAUCAUCCCGCUGGGGCAGUGGCUCCCCAAGGUCGCCGUCGACGCCUACGUGGCCCCGAACGUGGUCCUCGCGGGCCAGGUCACGGUCUACGACGGGGCGUCCGUCUGGAGCGGGUCGGUCCUCCGGGGCGACCUCAACAAGAUCACCGUCGGAUUCUGCGCCAAUGUCCAGGAGAGGUGUGUCGUUCACGCCGCUUGGUCUUCUCCCACAGGUUUGCCAGCAGAGACAACUAUUGAGAGGUUCGUGACCGUUGGUGCAUACAGCCUCUUGCGGUCAUGCACAAUUGAGCCUGAGUGCAUUAUUGGUCAACACUCCAUUCUAAUGGAAGGCUCCUUGGUAGAGACCCACUCGAUACUUGAAGCUGGGUCGGUGGUUCCCCCAGGAAGGAGAAUUCCAACUGGUGAACUUUGGGCUGGAAAUCCUGCAAGGUUUGUCAGGACUCUCACUCAUGAAGAGACGUUAGAAAUCCCUAAACUUGCCGUUGCGAUAAACGAUCUGAGUAACAGCUACUUCUCGGAGUUUCUCCCUUAUUCGACUGUGUAUUUGGAGGUUGAGAAGUUCAAGAAAUCCUUGGGGAUUUCCAUGUAAAAUCUACUGUUAACUUUGACUCGAGUUUUAUGUUGGGCAUCCCAUACAAGGAAAUAAGCUGCUCCGAGACAUGUAAAGCUUGCCUUUCGAGCUCCAUGCCAAUUUCAUUCGCUUGUAACUGCUUCAGAAGAUUGUUUGCAAACUCGGUCACUUGAUGAGAGACUGCAUGUGUUUUCGCGACUUAAAGUUUGUAUGGGUUCAUCAUUUUGCUUCCCA